UGUGCCUUGAGGACUGAGGUUGGGAAUGCCUGCACUACAGUAUUACUUUUCUAACUGUCCUCAGGACACCAAACAGUCCAUGUUUUCCCGUCUCUUCUCGGAAUCACAAACUAAGUAAUUAGCUCCACCUGUGGAUCUUUUAAAAUAUGUCAGUAAGCAAUGAGUACACCUGUGCAUCUGCUGGACGACCUGGAAAAGGUGCAUAGCACAGAGUCUGAGAACCUCUGCUCUUCAAUAACUAAAACACAAAUCUUGCCUUCCAGACUAUAUGCUAGUGUAAUCUAGUUUGUUGCCACUAGGUGGCAUGAGUGCUUAUGUUGGUAAAGUUUAAAAAUAAAAAAAAAGUUUGGAAUAGUGAAGGAGUUCCGUGGCACAAAGUUACAACUUGUGUUCUCAUCUCUGCUGAAGCCAGGCUUUAUAAUGGCCAGAAAAAAAGGAAUUAAGCGGACUUGUGUCGUGAUUGGCAUGUCUAUGGCGGUCCUCUUCCUCCUGGGAAUUCUUGUAGGUUGGCUCAUCAAACCAUCAUAUGAGCGCGAAGAUGUCUCGGUUACUGUUCAAGAUAUACGGAAGGAACUUAUAUCAGAAAUGAAGGCAGAAAACAUAAAAGCAUUUCUCCGAGAUUUUACAAAUAAACCCCACCUGGCCGGGACGGAGCAGAACCUUAAUCUGGCAAAACGGAUCCAGGCUCAGUGGAAAUCAUUUGGAUUGGACAAAGCAGAGUUGGUCCACUACGACGUCUUGCUGUCUUAUCCAAACGAGACAAAUCCGAACUACGUUUCCAUUAUUGAUGAACAUGGUGUAGAGAUAUUUAACACGUCCUUAUCGGAGCCACCACCGGAAGGAUAUGAAAACUUUACGGAUAUCGUUCCUCCCUACAAUGCUUUUUCAGCUCAGGGAGACCCCGAGGGCGCUCUGGUUUAUGUGAAUUAUGCCCGGACUGAGGACUUCUUCUAUCUGGCCCGUAACAUGAGCAUCAACUGCACUGGAAAGAUUGUCAUAGCCAGAUAUGGCAAAAUCUUCAGAGGAAAUAAAGUAAAAAAUGCUAUGCUGGCGGGAGCCAAAGGGAUAAUCCUGUACUCCGAUCCGGCUGAUUACUGUGCCCCCGGGGUAGAGCCCUAUCCUGAUGGCUUUAACUUGCCAGGUGGUGGCGCCCAGCGUGGAAAUGUCCUGAACCUGAAUGGGGCAGGAGACCCUCUAACCCCAGGUUAUCCUGCUAAAGAGUUUAUGUAUAGAUAUAAUGCGGACGAAGGAGUGGGACUGCCCCGUAUUCCGGUCCAUCCUAUAGGAUACCAUGAUGCAGAACAAAUCCUGAAGCUCAUGGGAGGUCCAGCGCCACCAAGUUUUUGGAAAGGAAAACUUAAUGUCACUUAUAACGUUGGACCUGGAUUUUUAACAAAGUUCUCAAACAGGCAGGUCAGAAUGCAUGUUCACACCAACAAUGAGAUCACUAGGAUUUAUGAUGUCAUCGGCACUAUCCGAGGCGCAGAAGAACCAGAUCGAUACAUUAUUUUGGGAGGUCAUCGAGAUUCCUGGGUGUUUGGUGGAAUUGAUCCAACAACCGGAGCAGCAGUCCUUCAAGAAGUUGCAAGGAGUUUUGGCAAAAAGUUGAAAGAGGGCUGGAGGCCCAGAAGAACCAUUAUUUUUGCAAGCUGGGAUGCGGAAGAGUUCGGACUGCUGGGAUCAACAGAGUGGGCGGAGGAAAAUGCUAAAAUUCUUCACGAACGUGGUGUAGCCUAUAUCAAUUCCGACUCUUCCAUAGAAGGCAACUACACGUUGAGAGUUGAUUGCACCCCACUGUUGUACCAACUGGUGUAUAAUCUGACUAAAGAGAUAACCAGUCCGGAUGAAGGCUUUGAGAGUUUGUCCUUGUAUGAAAGUUGGCUUCAAAAAGACCCAUCUACACAAAAGCCAGAUCUACCAAGAAUAAAUAAACUUGGAUCCGGCAGUGACUUUGAGGCUUAUUUCCAGCGUCUGGGAAUUGCUUCUGGAAGAGCCCGCUACACAAAGAACAGAAAAACUGAUAAGUACAGCAAUUAUCCGGUUUACCACACAGUAUAUGACACGUUUGAGCUGGUGGAGCAAUUCUAUGACCCGUCCUUCAAGAAGCAGCUUGCUGUGGCUCAGCUGAGGGGGAGCCUGGUGUAUGAGCUUGCGGACUCCACUAUGAUACCAUUUAAUGUGCAAGAUUAUGGAGAGGAGCUUAAGAACUACGCGAAUUCUAUUUCCAGUUUGGCAAGUCGACACCAGGAUAAAAUGGAGACGUAUGGUGUGUCUUUUGAAUCUUUAUUUUCUGCCAUUGAGAAUUUUGCAAAAGCUGCAGCUGGACUACAAGAACGCGUUAAAUAUGUUGAUAAAAAGAAUCCGCUCGCUGUUCGCAUCCUAAAUGACCAGCUGAUGUUUGCAGAAAGAGCGCUAACUGAUCCCUUGGGGCUGCCAGGAAGGCCAUUUUACAGACACAUCAUCUUUGCUCCCAGCAGCCACAAUAAGUAUGCAGGAGAAUCCUUUCCAGGGAUUUACGAUGCUUUAUUUGAUAUUGAAAACAAAGCAGAUCAGCGCAAGGCUUGGGAUGAAGUGAAAAGACAAAUUGCCAUUGCCACCUUCACCGUGCAGGCUGCAGCAGAGACCUUACAGGAGAUUUAGAGACAAGUUACCCGGCAGGCUGAAGUAAAUGCACGUCCUCACCAUGUCAAUCACUGACAGACCGAGAUGCAAAACUUGAAAAAACUGUACUUAAUGACUUUCUUAUCAAAAUGACAGUGCAAGGCCAGCCUUUACGGAGAUAUUUUACAACCACAGGUUCUUCUAAGAUUUUAAGUAGAACAUUGGUUGGGAUUAAUUCCCUUGGUCCCGGACCACACUGUGAAUGUAAUGAACGAUGGAAUGAUACCUCGUUCUGUCACGAUGGAAUGAUACCUCGUUCUGUCACGAUGGAGUGAUACCUCGUUCUGUCACGAUGGAGAGAUACCUCGUUCUGUCACGAUGGAGAGAUACCUCGUUCUGUCACGAUGGAGAGAUACCUUGUUCUGUCACGAUGGAGUGAUAUCUCGUUCUGUCACGAUGGAGUGAUAUCUCGUUCUGUCACGAUGGAGUGAUACCUCGUUCUGUCACGAUGGAGUGAUACCCCUUGUUCUGUCCUUCACUACACUGCACCACAUCACACACAAUAUUUUAUGACUGCCCGUGUAGCAAGGCCAAUUAGAAGUAAUGAUAUUGUUUGCAACUUGCAGCAGUGCACAAUCGAGCAAAUGCACUGCACGAUAAGUCUGAUUUGUAAUUCCAGUGCUGAUAUCGUUGUAGUGCUGAUAUCGUUGUAGUGUGUACCCGGCGAUACUGCCUACAUGCAGCAGAAGAACCAAUGACUCAGGAAUGAUUGGUCGCUCAGUGCCUUGGAAAUUGUUCCUAGUGCUCUGAUACAUUUUUGUUCAGCUGCAGUGUGAGACCACAACUACCAUCUUACACCAUAUGACUUACCGGGUAAGCACACUACUGUACCUGUCUACCCUAUGGUUUUUGGAAUUGGGGCACUUCAGAAAGAUUACCUGGUCGUGUCACAAUGGGGCUUCUGCAGCGCUCGGUUACCCUGUGCAACUACCCUGCAUUGUGGCAUGCUCCUCACGACUGCGACCAGGGUAACACCUCCCAUCAUUCCCCCAGAAUCAGGUCUUUCCUGUCGUAAAUCUGGACAGUUGGGAGGUGUGCAGUGUUUUUAUCUGCCUGACAACCUGGGCCUUGGGACCCCAAUUCGGAGAUCUUUUGGGUCCCAGUUGCUAGAUACAGAUGGAGCCUCGAUCAUCUAGCCUUCUCUGCUGCGCCUAGGUGCACCUAGGUUUAUUAGCAUAAGCCUUUCAUCUAUUGUUCUCAGCUGCAAUACAAUACAGAGAGAACAAUACAGCAGGGGAUUAAGUCCGACAGCACUGGCUCAGUUAAUCCUAUUAAAGGGAUAGAUGAGCAGGGCUCCAUCUGUAGGUGAUACUUUUAAACUGGGCAUUGGCUCUUUUUGGGUCCCAGCAACAGGCCACAAUUUAUUAAUACAGUAGUAACUCUGCACUGGAUUUAGUUCAUAGAAGGAUUAUAAAUAGGGGUCACAUGGCAGAGCACCAGUGUUUAAUGAUAAUCUGCCUAUCCCUGCAGUCUCUAGAACUGCAAUUGUUACAGUAUUCUAUCUUCGAAGCCUUAACCACGCGGAAAUUACUGUAUUCAGCAAAAGCGGAGUGUAUAUAUCUACUGCGGUCAGAAAGAGUAAUGCUGAAGACCAAAGUCCCCAAGUUCUCCACAGGCGCUGCUAUACGGAGCAAUUUUUCAAGCUCAAAAAUGCUUCACUAUACAAAUCUUGGUAUCCGUUCACAUGGUCGACCAUGUUAUGGUCGACAGUCAUUAGGUCGACCACUAUUGGUCGACAUUGACAUGGUCGACAUGGACACAUGGUCGACACAUGAAAGGUCGACACAUGAAAAGGUCAACAUGCGUUUUUUAACUUUUUUUUCUUUUGGGGAACUUUUCCAUACUUUACGAUCCACGUGGACUACGAUUGGAACGGUAAUCUGUGCCGAGCGAAGCGGUAGCGGAGCGAAGGCACCAUGCCCGAAGCAUGGCGAGCGAAGCGGUGCACUAAUUGGGGUUCCCAGUCACUUUACGCAAAAAACGACACCAAAAAAAGUUAAAAAAAACUCAUGUCGACCUUUUCAUGUGUCGACCUUUCAUGCGUCGACCAUUUUCAUGUGUCGACCAUGUGUCCAUGUCGACCAAUAGUGGUCGACCUAAUGACUGUCGACCAUAACAUGGUCGACCAUUCAUACCGGAACCACAAAUCUUUUAAUAGGAUUAAGUGAGCCAGGGCUGUCGGACUUAAUCCCCUGCUGUAAUGACUGAAUCCCCUGCUGUAUUGUUCUCUCUGUAUUGUAUUGCAGCUGAGAACAAUAGAUGAAAGGCUUAUGCUAAUAAACCUUGGUGCACCUAGGUGCAGCAGAGAAGCCUAGAUGAGCAAGGCUCCAUCUGUAUAAACUAUAAACUGCUGCCUUGCCGGAGACAGAUCUUGGAUCAUUCCCGAUCUGUGCUCUUGUGCACUAAACACCCGGGGGUAAAUUUACUAAGAUGGG